GUCUGCUCUAGGCAGUAGGGGCCGGCUCAGUGAUCGGCCGGAGGGAGUCAGUCGCUAGCUGCGGAGACGGGCCUGGUCAGUUCUGAGGAAUUCUGCAAUGUAUGACGUCACCCCAAGUGGGAAUUUGACCUUUGCUGCCUGAGUUCCAGCACUGCAAUGUUAUCUACUGUAUCACCCUUCAGACUACAGUUUCCAUGACCCAGUUUCAAAUCAAAAUGACACUUUUUGGAACUUUGCUGUCUGAGAUAAGAAAAAUCUGGUGCUGAUGGCUUUGCUCUGUCUUUUCUCUGGCCACUGACAUGCGCACAUAGUACCUUAGGAUAUUAUUGGAUUGUGUGUCAUCAGCCAACCGGUUCCUGCUUGAGGAAUGGCUCCCCAGUUCCGCAGCUAUGUCUGGGAUCCUGCUCUCAUCCUCUCCCAGAUUGUGCUCAUGCAGGCAAUUUACUACAGCUCUCUGGGGCUUUGGUUGGCUCUGGUGGACAGCCUGCUACGGAGCAGCCCGUCCCUUGACCAGAUCUUCAGUUACGAGAUCUUGGGAUUCUCCACGCCCCCUGGGAGAGUUUCUAUGAUGGCAUUUGUCUUAAACGCCCUAACGUGUGCUGUAGGCUUACUGUAUUUCAUCCGGCGAGGAAAACAGUGCUUGGAUUUCACAGUCACCAUUCAUUUUUUCCACCUACUGGGCUGCUGGAUUUACAACGCCCGCUUUCCUACUUCUCUGACCUGGUGGCUUAUACAUACUGUGUGCACAGCGCUCAUGGCUGUGAUUGGGGAAUAUCUGUGUAUGAGAACUGAACUGAAGGAAAUUCCAUUAAAUUCAGCCCCCAAAUCCAGUGUAUAGACUUUCAGAUGCCCUGUCUCUUCCAGUCAGCUUCUACAUCUUGGUGCUAACAUGUGGUACAUAGGAUUAUGGUUAAAGAAAAUCAACAGGACUGUACUAACUUUUUAAAGAUAGCAGUGGCUGCAAGAAUGUGGUUUUGUGAUCCCCUCCUGGACAGGAUGAACAAAGCAGACAUUUUAUUUUGAUACGGCCCACAUAAUCACAUUUACAGGUGGUCCCACUUAUUUGACUCUUGGUACAGAUCAGAUUCAUUUCUGGAAAACAAGACAAAAAAAUAAAGAUAGAAGUUGGACAUCUUUCGGUUGAUGUGGACUGGUUUGCAGCGGUUAGAUCUGUCCUCUUUGUACAGUAGGGUAAUUCCAUAGACAUCAAGGAGUUUACAGUGAACAUUUAAGUUCUUGUUUUUUUCUGACACCUGGCAUCUGUGACUUCAGCUGUCCUUUUUGUUUAAAAACUGAGGGGAUAAAACUGUGUCAGAGGACAUGCUUUUUUGUUUCAAAGCCGUCAAGAUGUGAUCCCAGACUGCUUGAUUUAUUUUGCAACUCAAACAUCAGCAAAGAAGAACUGAACUGAAGAAUAUAAAAAAUAGUAUUAACAGAAACUUAAUUUUCCAUCAGAGUGUUAUAUCUCACUGGUUGAGCAGGGCUAUAUUGUUGCUUUAUGCAUCCGCAGGGAGAAAAGGGAGCAGCCAGAAAGGCACACCGUUCACAAAGCUGCAUUCCCCAACCCCCCCAGCCUACCAGCUCUGAGCAGCGACCAGUGUCAUCUGGCCAGCUUCAAGGCCGACUGUGAAGGGGCAGCUGUCACUCAUUACAAGCGCUGAAUUCUAAGCUAGAGAUACUUCAAAUGAGCCUCCAUAUCAUGCAUCACAACAAAUGCAUUGCUAUGGAGAUGCAAACCUUUUCUCCAAUGAUCAAGUUCUGUUCUUUACAACCAAAAAAUCUUGUUCUGCGUUGCAGGGUACAAUGUGAGACAUGAAGAACAGGACUGUUAACUGGUGUUUUCAUAGAGAGAAUAUUGAUUUUUGUAUACAAUGUGAGUAGUCUCUUGUGGUUUAAGCAGCUUCAUCGCAGCCCAUGUUCCAUGCGGCCAAGGGAGGGCUAGUCAGUAUCAGGCCUAGGUAUCUGUAGAUAUGUCUGGCUUUUUAACUAUGAAUGUUGCUUCAUUUGAGUCAUGCCACUGAGAUUUCCUUUGUAUAUAGAUAUUUGUGAAUGCUACUGGUUUAUAUAAGUUAUACUGGUAAAUUUAAUGCUCAGUUUAUAAUGACUGGAGGGAUAAUUUUGCAAACAAUUUGAUAAAUUGGCUCAAAAUGUUCUAAAGGGUUUCUGUUCAUACUCUGUAGCUGACAAUCCUUUGCACAUAG